UGCUUUUGUUCUUUAUAAAAAGCUCGCCAAGGACCCAGCUGAGUACGUAUAUCGGCAGGCGGCAAACAGAUCGAUCGUUGUCGAGGAUCUGCUCGUAUGGGUGGAUUGAAGGAGACUAGCAGCGGCCUAAUGGGGAACCGAGACGCCUGCAAAAGCCAUGGAAAGAAAAAAUUCAAGAUACCAAGAAAAAGUUUUAGACUUUGCCGCAACGACGAGUAUGGUACCUUCCCAUUUGUCGACCGGCGCCUUCAGCUCAGGACCACAUCGUUGUAUCGUGAAUCAUACAAACGCAUCCUUUUAAGAUCAGCACUCCAGGACUACAAUGAACGCGUGAGGGACGGCAUGCUUACUUGGGAAGCUUACGAAGAGCAUCGCCUCGCCAUCGAUAGCUCAAUGCAAACUAUCAGACAUAGUAUCCAAAGAUACAAAGAGCGCCGUUUGCAGGGUGGGCUAUUUUACUUGGCAAAUAAAGUAGGCGGAAACGGGCUGACUAACCGUACACACUUGUACCACAUGCCUCUCAAGGAAGCGUUGAGGAAACAUCGACAAGAAAACAAAAGGAGGAAACAACUAUUGAAUGCUUUCAACAAUUCAAAGAAAUCAAGCAUCUUUGACACCGUCCUGCAGAGACCGUCUGUGAAAAGGCUAGUCAUGUAUACAGUGUCUUCCCUUGUAUUGGGUUGUGUUAUAAUUUUUCUAUGAAAGGUUACGUGGAAUAUGUUUCUGUUCUAGGUUUCCUGCUGAGUAAAAAAAAGUGACAUCUUCCCUUCUUGAGAGUCCUAGCAGAACACAUCUUUCUUCAAUGUAA